ACGUGGCUUUCUUUGCGUCCAUGAUACAGAGUGCAGGGAAGGAAAAGUCAACAAACGUGGAGAAGAAAAAUAUGUAUGGGAUACUCAAAUAAGCUUUUGAACACUAACGUUGUAAACACCAAUUUGAAUGAUAGAAAGACAGAAUGAACAUGGUUGUAUGUUGAAUACAUAACAUAGAGAGUUGGAAGAACAGAAGCAAAGUGAUAUGGGUUCAACGGUGGAGAGAGAAGCAGAAGAAACAGUGAGUGGUCAAGGAACGUGGAAGCACGCGGCUUUUCAUGUUGCCACUACUAUUGCCACUCCUGCUGCUUAUGCCCCUUUGCCUUUCGCCCUUGCUUCUCUCGGUUGGCCUCUUGGUGUGAGUAGUCUGGUGAGUGCUACACUAGCCACCUGGUAUUCUAGCAUUUUGAUCGCUUCAUUGUGGAAAUGGAACGGGGAAAAGCACCUCACCUAUAGACAUCUUGCACAUAGCAUUUUCGGAUUCUGGGGGUACUGGUCCGUUACCCUAUUUCAGCAGGUAGCUUCUCUAGGGAAUAACAUUGCCAUCCAGAUUGCAGCUGGCAGCAGCCUUAAGGCAGUUUACAAGUACUAUCACCAGGAUGGAAGAUUGACACUGCAGCAUUUUAUUAUUUUCUUUGGAAUCUUUGAACUACUACUCUCUCAGCUUCCUGAUAUUCAUUCACUGAGAUGGGUAAAUGCAUUGUGCACUUUCAGCACAAUUGGCUUUGCUGGUACCACCAUUGGUGUUAUCUUUUACAAUGGGAAGAAGAUUGACAGAACAUCAAUAAGUUACAGUUUGCAGGGGAGUUCUGCUUCCAAGGCAUUCAAAGCCUUCAAUGCCCUUGGGACCAUUGCCUUUUCAUUUGGUGAUGCAAUGCUUCCAGAAAUACAGAAUACACUUAGAGAACCUGCAAAGAAGAAUAUGUACAAAAGCAUAUCAGCAGCAUACGGUGUCAUUGUUUUGACUUACUGGCAAUUGGCCUUUUCUGGAUACUGGGCCUUUGGAUCAGAAGUCCAACCUUAUAUUUUAGCCUCACUGUCUAUUCCAGAAUGGACUGUUGUUAUGGCAAAUUUAUUUGCAGCUUUUCAAAUAUCUGGGUGCUUUCAGAUAUAUUGCAGGCCAACAUAUGACUAUUUUGAGGAAAGAAUUGGAACCAAGUCCAACGAAUCUAGUAGCAAAUUUCCCCUCAGAAAUCACCUGGCACGAGUUUCUUUUACUACCAUAUACAUGGUUCUUGUUACACUUAUUGCUGCAGCUAUGCCCUUUUUUGGGGAUUUUGUGUCCAUAUGCGGGGCAAUUGGGUUUACUCCUCUUGACUUUGUGUUCCCUGCUUUAGCAUACCUUAAGGUUGGAAGCAUAGCUCAGAGCUCCAAAAUUGACAUUUUGAUGCGACCAUUAAAUAUUUUAAUAGCUACCUGGUUUUCAAUUGUUGCUAUCUUGGGUUGCAUUGGUGCAAUUAGAUUCAUAGUGGAAGAUAUCAAGAACUACAAGUUCUUCCAUGAUAUGUGAAAGAAUUUCGGACUCCCCUCAAAAUUCUUUUCAAACUCCUACAAUGUGUUGUCUAAAUCAACCUUAGUUUUGUUUUAGGCUUUUUUCAUUAGAAAGGAAAAUUGGAGAUUGGGAGAGGAGAUGUGGAAAUUUGCAUGAAUUCGACUUUUUCCAUAAUACAUAUGUUUCAUUAGUU